AUGGGUAAAGAUCUUCCACCUCAAGUAUACUCGUUAGAAAAUGGGUUCGCCUACAGCCAUCAUCCCUAUGGCUCCCAAAUUGCCAGGCCUGAUGGCCCUCUGCUAAUGCAAGAUGUCCAUCACAUCGAGAAUAUGGCCCAUUUCGACAGGGAAAGGAUUCCCGAGAGAGUUGUUCAUGCCAAGGGUGGCGGUUGCCGUUUCGAGUUUGAAUUGACCGAUUCUCUGAGCGAUAUCACCUAUGCCGCACCCUACCAGGAGGUGGGUUACAAGUGCCCGGGUGUAGUCCGCUUCUCUACAGUGGGUCGUGAGCAAGGCUCGCCGGAUACUGUAAGGGAUCCACGAGGCGUUUCUUGGAAAUUCUAUACCAAUUGGGGUAACCAUGAUUGGGUGUUUAAUAACACUCCGGUCUUCUUCAUCAGAGAUGGUCUGCAGUUCCCGCAUUUUAUUCACACUCAAAAGAGAGAUCCUCAAUCACACCUGGGGCAGGACGACGACAGCUCAACUUUCUGGGACUACUUGACACAGAAUGUGGAAUCUAUUCACCAGAUAGUGUAUAUGUUUGGGCCUAGAGGUACACCAGCUCACUGGGGUGACAUGUCCUCUUACUCAGGUCACACAUUCAAGUUUAUCAAUAAGAAGAAUGAACUGACGUAUGUGCAGAUUCACGUUCUUCCAGUCAAUGGCUUCAAAUGCUUGAGUACUGAGGAGGCUAAGAAGCUCGCCGGGUCCAACCCUGAUUACAACCAAGCCAAAUUGUUCCGUCAGUUGGAAAACGGUGAGAAAUCUAAGUACAAUUGCUAUGUGCAAACUAUGACUCCAAAGCAGGCGGAAAACUUUAGAUACUCCGUUAACGACUUGACCAAGGUCUGGCCUCACUCACAGUUCCCACUGAGGAAGUUCGGCGAAAUCACGCUUACUGAGAACGUUGACAAUUUCUUCGAGGAGAUCGAGCAGAUUGCCUUCAGUCCAAGCAACACCUGUAUUCCCGGUAUCGAGCCUUCCAACGACAGUGUCUUACAAGCACGCUUGCUCUCUUACCCUGAUACUCAGCGCCACAGAUUAGGUGCUAACUACGCCCAAUUACCAGUCAACAGACCAAGAAACGCGGGCUGUCCAUAUGCCUCUCUCUUCUCCACCGGCAGCAAGACGAGGAAGCAAGCAGCUGAUUGUCCCCACACCCUUUCGAAUUUCCAGCGCGACGGUCCUCAAUGCCUGUACAACAAGGGGGGAGAGCCAAACUACAUUUCAACCCUUUCUAAGGCAUCUAUGAACUUCAAGGCUUCAACCGACGACAGUUUGUCUAAGAAGUUUGCUGGUGUUGUGUUGGAUGAGGAAGCCAAGAGGAGUUUGAUCCAGCAGGAAGCGGAAAGAGAGAGACACGAGAAGAUUAUCAACGGCAAGAUAAACGACUACCACUUCAAGAGUGGUGUCAGCGAGUUAGAUCUCGAGCAACCUCGAGCCUUGUACGAAAAGGUGUUUGACGAGGAAACCAAGAAGAUAUUUAUCGACAACGUGGUCGACCAUGUUUCGCUGUGUCUUGACCCUGCAAUCAAGGCCAGGGUCACCCAAUAUUUUGGCUUGCUGAACAGAGAUCUUGGUGCCACACUCGCCAAACGCUUGAACGUUGAAUAUCAGCCACUAGACCUUGCAGGUUACGCUGAGGCGGUCGGUAUUUCGAGUGCAGCUUGA